AUGAAGAUUACUCCUCUUCUUGAUGAAAAAAUUAAUAUAUAUGAUUCUGAAAUGUCUGCAGAAACUAUAGAAUCUUAUGAAAAAUAUUACAAAAAUCAGAAUGAAUGUAAGAAUAUUUGUGAUGAUGAAAAUGGUCAGGAUUCUGAUAGUACAAAAAAAGUGGUUGAAAGUAAUGGAAAUGAAAAUAAUGAACAUGAUUUGUCCAACAAUGCAACUCAAAAUCUGACAGAUACUAAGAAGUGUGAUAACGAUAAUGAUUCAGACAGAAAGAGAAUAAGGACUGCAGAGGCUGCUUCUGAUGCAUUGCCAUGCAAAAAACGUAAAAAGGAAUUUGAGCCACCAAAAUUGCGAGAAGAUAAUAGAGACAUAUUUUGUUGGCGAUGUCAUAAGUACGUUGUUGAAACAGAUGUUAUCCCUUGUUAUUUCUGUCCCCGAGUAUUUCAUUUGAAGUGUGUCCAUAUCCAGGAAAAACCUUCAAGUUUUUGGCUUUGUACAGAAUGUGAUGCAAUUAGCAUUGCUGAAAAUCCAGAUAAGAUAUCUCCUGCGUUAAGUAAACUUCAGAAAAAAGAUCUAGCAGAAUUAUUGAUGUUUGUCUUAAAAAGAAUGCGUCAACAUGAAGGUAGUUCACAUUAUGAAAAUCCUGUUGAUCUUGAAAGUUACCCAGAUUACAAAGACUAUAUCAUAAAACCUAUGUACUUGGCCUUGUUAGAAGCUAAUGUUACGAAUCUGAAAUAUUCCAGCUGUGAAUCGUUUCUAGCUGACACAAAAUGGAUGGUUCAUAAUAGCUAUGUUUUUAACACUGUUCACUCAGAGUUGACACUGUAUGCUAAAGCGAUGAUGAAAAAUGCUAAGCAUGAAUGUGAUGAAAUUAUAAACUGCCCUGAUUGUUACUUACAUGCCAACACCCUUGAAGAAGAUAAAUGGUUUAUUGAGCCUUGUGACAAACCACAUAUUCUCGUUUGGGCAAGAUUAAAAGGAUUUCCGUACUGGCCUUGCAAAGUGAUGAAAGCAAAUGGAACUAAUGUAGAUGUUCGAUUCUUUGGUGAUCACAAUAAGUCUAUAGUACCUGUGGAAUGUUGUUAUUUAUAUAGUAAACAGAUGCCAUCAAAACAGAAAAAAGUUGAUGAAUUAGAAGUUGCAAUUAAGGAAGCAAGUUUACAUAUCAAAAGACUUGAGGAACGAUUCCAUGUUUUCCAGUAUGCUCCAUUAAAAACUAUGUAUAAUCCAAAAGAAGAAGAUGAACAACGUAAAUUAUUGUUACCAUAUCAUGAUAAACCGUUUUUCAUAAAAGUGAAGGAUAGAGAAAAAUUGUUUGAUCCCAAUGUAAUUAACAAUAUUUUUGACGAUUCUUUAUCUUAUCACAAGACAGACCUGAAAGAAGAUUCUAAAACAAAUAUCUCUGAAUUGCCCAAUGCAUUAGAUGUCCAAAAUAAAAAACUCGUUAUAAAGACUCAUUAUGAGCAGUUGUCUCCUUACAGGCUUGCAACGAUUACUAAAAAUAUUAAGCCAUCUCCAUGCAAUAAGCCUACCAUAUAAUUGAAGACAGCGACUCAGAUAUUCUAUCACAAAAUUCAUUUAACCAUUCCAGGCAAGCUAGUUUAAUAGAUGAAAAACUUAGUUCAUCGUGCGUUUCCAAUAAAGAAAGACCGAUAGUAAACGAAAAGCAUCUGAUUGGUCCUCAGAACUUUCUAUCAAACGUGAACAUGACAAUACUAUUACUGAAGAUUUAGAUUGUAUGUUAAAGAAUGAUCAUUCUAAUAGCAAAUUAAAUCUAAUCAACUGUUCUACUGAGGAACAAGAUAAUGAAAAUGAUGAUAAUCGAAUUGAUAUACCGAAUGAUAAUGCACCAUCUGAAGAAUUAAAAAGUGAUGUUAAUCAAAUUGGUUUUACUUCCGAACAAAUUAAUUGUUUACCUUUGACUAAUCCAUCUCUAGAUAAAUGUAAUAACAACUACUUCUCUGACAAACUUCGAAUUAACUCUAAUGCUAAAUUAAUUAAUGUCGUGACUGAUAAUCCAGCUUUAAUAAACAAUUACAUUUUUAAACCUAUGGUAGUUAUUCAAAAAUUAAAAGAUGAAGUUUUUCGUGAUUAUUCAUCGAAUAUAUGCAGAAAAAAUGAAACAGCGACUGUUGAUGAAACAAGGAAAUCAGAUGAAAAUAUUUCAUCAAACAUUUCUUUGUGUGAUAGCGGAAACAAAGUUCCUUUAAACUUUGACUUGUUAAAUGGUAAUUUAACUGAUCUUGUUUCUUUCACAGAAAUUGAUUUAGAUAAGGAUGAAUCAUUGUCUCAGACAGAUUUAACAAACAAUAAGGAAGCAGAGAAUGUUAAAUAUAAUGGUCUGGAACAAGUAGUUUAUUGAAAUCUGUUAGUUGUCCUUUAAGGCCAAUUAUUAAGUCUGAAAAAAUUAAUGAUGAUGAACUAGAGGAUAGUGAUUAUAUUAAGAGGUUAUCAAAGAGUAUUUUGGAAUCGACACUUGAUUAUAAUGAUGUAAAUUGUCAUGAAGAAAACAGGAUUUUGUGUUCUUCUGAUAUUAAAAGCAGUUCUUGUGAAAAAAUUUUAGUAGUUGAUAGAGAAAAUCAGUCGUUACAAAAAGACAAUGCAGUAAUAAGAAGUAAAAACUCAAAUAUACUAAACUCACCUAAUCGAGAUAUCAACCUUGAAAUUGUAGAAGAUAUUAAGAAGUCGAACUCUCCUAUAAACAAUGGAGUUGUCAAAUCAAUUGUUAGUAAUGUUCGUUCAGUUGAUGGUCCAAUCUUACAUCCAGCUGACAUGAAUCCUAAAGUUAUUUAUUUUUGUGAAAACGAAAAUCAGUUCAUUGAGCGGAAUAAAGAUAAUAUUAAGGAUAAGAAUGAUCUGAUCAUGUUAAAUGCUAAUAGUCGUGAAAUAAAAAUAAAUGAUGUUAACAAAACAUUUGGUACUAGUUUAGACGAAAAUAAGAAAUUUAGUUUAGAAAAUUGUGAAACUUCACAUUUAAAUGAAAAUACAGAGUGUUUCAGUUCUAAUAAGAAGUGUCCAAAUAGUGUUGUUGAAAAUAUUGACGAUGGUAUGUUACAAAAUGAAGAAAAUCAUUAUAAAUCUCAAGAUGAUCUGUUUCAAAAAAGGGACAACUUGGAAAAUGAAAUUCGCAGCAACAUUUCCCAUUUUGCUAGCAAUGACUCUAUAAUUACAGAAACAGGCAUUCAUUGUAGUCAGCAAUCUGUUCAAGGUAAAGAGAUUAUUAGAGAAAAAAAUGCAAAUGGCUUACGCAGAGAUCCUGAUUGUGAAAUUGUUAAGAUCCUAUUUCCAUCCAACAGUAAAAUUCUUAAACCUAUUGGUUUCAAAAGAAUGAAAACAUGUGGAGGGGUCAUAAAAAAAGUUAUUAAAAAUGGCAUGUUAUUCACAGCCUCAAGAAAUCGACAAAAUCUUAAUAUGUCUUCUAAGGGGAAUUGUGUAGAUGCUAAGAAGCUGUCUUCCAAAACAAAAUUACCUUAUGAUAGCCUGAAACAAUUAAAUAUUUCUGGCAACUUUGUGAAAAGCCAUUCUACUUCCAAUUAUGAACCUACCAGUAACAAAGAAUCUAUUAAUUUGAAGAAUGUCCUUGAAAAGUGUGCAGAUAAUAUGGUUAGUGGAACUGAGAGAGUUAGGGAAGAAAACAAAAUAAUGAAUUUGGAAAUAGAAGCCAUAUUGAACAAAGUGGAAAAAAUUGAAGUAAAAGGAAAACUGUUGGAGGUGCUUAGAGAAGAAUUAGAAAAAUUUGAAGAGCAUUGUAAAAAAAAAAUUGAGAGCUAUAAACAUGCUUAUAUUGAAGAGAUGGAUUCUCUUUAUACGAUGGAAAAGCAACGUUGGAUUCAAGAAACAAUGAAUGUUUCUGAAAAUGAAUCAAGGAUGAUGGUGGAUGAAAUAAAGAAAAAACAGUGGUGCAUAUUAUGUUUGAACGAAGCCAAGUUUCAUUGCUGUUGGAGUACAUCUUAUUGUUCGGAAAAGUGCCAGUUAGCUGAUUGGCCAGUUCAUAUGAAAACUUGCACACAAUAUUCUAUGCGAAUAGGUGAUCCUGACCUACGCCUUUCUCCUGAUCUAAAAAAAUUAUUCAAAGGCGAAAAUAACAUACUCAAUCACAGAAUCAAGGAUUUUCUCGAAUCAGAUAGAUUUAAUGGUAACAAUUCUAAGAUGAGUGCAUCUUUGCCUUCGUGCAGUAGUAGUUCUGUGACAAAUCCUUCUGAAGUGGCUAGAAAGGAUCCCGCCAAUUCUCUGCUUACAUCGCCUAAAAGUAGCACCAUCUAUGUGCAAAAAAAUUUCUCAAAACAGGAUGCACUACAGGGGUCAGAAAAUCCUGGUAAUCAAGUCAUGAAAAUUGUUUCUAAUCCAGCAGUUUAUCUUUCUGGUAUGGUCACAUCUCCUAAUCAAACUAAGAACAUGAUACAGGUUGCUAAGCAAAAUCCUGCAAAGCCUAAUGCCCAACUUCAGGAUCAAGCUUCAGCUGGGCCAUCUGGUAAUAAUAAAUCUGUGUUAUUUACUGCCCCACUUGCCAACAGAAAUAAUGCUCUUGUAUCUGUUGGAAAAACCUUAACUUCAAGCAAACCAAGUGGAAAUUCUUUUAAUGGCCAUAACACUCCAUUGUUAAUGGGAGGACAACAAUUAAUUUUACCGAAAUCCUUUCUUCCUACAAAAGUAAUUAAAAAAACAGUUCCCAUGUUAGCUCAUAAAAAUGUAAGUUGUGUUCAAGAAAAUAAUAACACAGUGUUGAUGAAUACGAAACCACUUUAUAUUUCAAUGCAAAAUAUAUCAAGAGACGAUUCUGACAGUAGUGAUGGAUUAAGAGAUCCCUUAGAAAUUUCCAAUGGAUCAAAACUACUUACAGAACAAUCAAUGUUAUCAGAGCGAAAUUCAUUUUCAACCAACAGGGACACCAAUAAACCAGCUCAGUCUUUUUUAAUUGUUGAGAAAAGUGGAGAAACUGCUCAGUACACCUACAAGAUAGGUUUUAAAGAAGACAUUGAAAAAAUGUCUCAAGUCAAUAUCAUGUCUCCAUCAGGUCAAAAAUCGACAGUUUGUGCUGUUUCUCCAUUAUCAUACCCAGUAAUUUGCAGUACUCCAUCUACAAGCGCUGGAGCCUUCAGCACGCACACGAAAAAUUAA